UAUAUCGUGUGAAAGACAUGUAGAUGCUCAAAAUGCAAAAGCAAAUGCUGAAGAACCUAUUACAAAGUUGCAAGGAUUGGAGCCGGCUGCUCAAGAGUUUCAUAAAAGGAUGAUUUUAAUGCAGGAUCUCAUGGACAAACUUUUUGAUGGAAGGAGUGCUAUGGAUAAAGGGACACUUUUCCACCUCAGAAACGUUUUCAAUCAACGUUCAGUUACAAAGAAUGUCUCCGAAUCUUUUAAUUACGUGUCAGAUUUCUUAAAGUUUACCACAGAAGGCUAUGUCAUUCUAUUCGCCAUGGAUAUCUUACACAUGGAAGACAUGAAUGAGGAUAUACAAAAUGAUGACAAAGAAGAGAUUCUCAACUUCGUAUCGGAGAAAAUCGUUGAUAAAGUGUGGAGAGAAAUUGAUAUGGUGGCAAAAGAAUCGUAAAGUUAUUGUUUUUGUAAACAAAGUGAUGGUUACAAUAUUUAAUUGUUUUUUCCAUUCUAUAAAAAAGAAG